AUGGCCGGCCGGCCAGCCUGCGACGGCCGCUACGGUGUUGCCCCGCGCGGUUCGCCCGCCGCCGCUGAGACCCCAGGACUCAAGGGGAAACGAACAAGGCCCAGAGAAACACCACCUUGCAAGGGGAAGGAAAAAGAGAAAAAACAAGUCAUCAGCCUCAGAUCUCAGGUGGCUGAAGGAAAAAAUGUGUUUGGUGUCUGCCACGUCUUUCCAUCCUUCAGUGAUGCUUUUGUCCAUGUUAUUGAUUGUUCUGGCAAAGAAACCAUCUGCCGUGUGACUGGUGGGAUGAAGGUCAGGGCUGACAGAAAUGAGUCCUUUCCCCAUGCUACCAUGGUGGCUGCCCAGGGCGUGGCGCAGGGGUGCAAAGAACUGGGCAUCACUGCCCUUCACAUCAAACUCUCAGCCACAGGAAGGACCAAGACCCCUGGAACAAGGGCCUGGUCAGCUCUCAGAGCCCUUGUCCACUUGGGAAUGAAGGUCCCACCGAUUGAGGGUGUCACCCACUCCCCUUCUGACAGCACCUGCAGGAAGGGAGUCGCCAUGGUCGCCAUCUGUGGACAGGACUCCUCAAAUUAUUGUUUUCUAUACUUAGAGUACGUGAGCCUAGAAAAUGAAUCAGAACUGAGGUGCAGGAGACGAAAAUCCCCGCAGCCUCCCCUGGAGCUGUUCCCUCCCGCGCUGCAGCACACCCACAGAAACUUCCUCCUGAGGCAUCCCAGCGUGGCUGCGGCGCUCAGGGCUGCAGGCUGGGGAAAGCCACGCGCUCUUUAA